UUCUGCAAGAUGAUGAGUACAAAACAGGAGGACAAUACUUUGGACACAUUUCUCCAUUAUAUUGAAGAUAUGGGACUUAAGGCCUAUGAUGGCUUGGUAAUACAGAAUGCUUCAGACAUUGCUCGGGAAAAUGAUCGUCUGAGGAAUGAAGCAAAUUUGGCUUAUUUGAAAGAAAAAAAGGAAAAACGACGAAAGCAAGAGGAAGUCAUUAAGCGUAUUGGUGGGGAGGUAGCAAGAGGAAACGAAGGGAACUACGUCAAUAAACAUUUCCGCAUGGGAUUUAUGACAAUGCCUGCCCCUCAAGACAGGCUACCACAUCCAUGUUCUAGUGGAUUUGCCGUACGUUCACAGUCCCUCCAUUCAGUAGGUGGCGCUGAUGAUGACAGUAGUGGUUGCUCCCGGAAACAACCACCUCCAAAACCAAAACGAGACCCGAACACUAAGCUAAGCAUUUCUUCAGAGACUGUCAACUCGGGAACAUUAGGCAAGAGUCCAAAGUUCACAGACAGGACAGAUGUGGCAGCAAAACAAAGACCUCACAGUGAUGAAUAUACCAAGAAGAUUCCUCCUCCCAAGCCUAAACGGAAUCCAACCACUCAUCUUAGCACAUCAUUUGAUGAAACAUACAUUAAAAAACAUGGUCCAGUGAAGAGUAAUUUGUUCAGAGAAGCAUCAUCAUCUCACAUCAGUUGCAGAGACCGAGAUGAUGAAGAACCUGUUUAUAUUGAAAUGGUUGGAAAUAUUUUAAGAGACUUUAAAAGAGAUGAGGAAGACCAAUGUGAGGCAGUAUAUGAAGAAAUGAAAUACCCUAUAUUUGAUGAUGUAGGACAAGAUGCCAGGUAUCUUUAUGAGUUGGACCAUGUUAGUUGCUCUUCUCAGUGUGCUACUCCCACAGUGCCUGACUUAGAAUUCACCAAGUCCUCAGUGCCAUCAACUCCCAAGGGACAAAUUUGUGACAUUCCUGCACCAUUUCCAAAUCUAUUAUCGCAAAGGCCUCCUUUAUUGGUGUUUCCACCAGCACCGGCACAAUGUUCACCAAAUUCUGAUGAAUCUCCUUUAACUCCUCUUGAAGUAAUAAAACUACCAGUAUUGGAAAAUGUGUCUUACAUCAAGCAACCAGCUUCUGCUUCAACAUCACCAGUUCCAACACACAUUUCAGGACACCAGAAAGUAGACAAAGACCAACCAAUUGUUUCCCAUGGAAUUCCUUCAUCUGGUCAUUCAUCGUCACCACCACAUGCUUCAACCAACUACAGAACACAAUCUCCACAUGGCUAUCCUAAAAGUCAUUCAGCUUCUCCCUCUCCUGUGAGCAUGGGUAGGUCAUUGACUCCUCUAAGCCUCAAAAGACCUCCACCCUAUGAUUCUGUGCAUUCAGGAAGUCUAUCAAGAAGUUCUCCAUCAGUGCCUCAUUCUAAUGUCAGACACAUACCAGAAGGGAAGUCAGUCAGUGCAUCUAGCAGCACUUAUUGUGCAUCUCAAAGCAACUCACGAUCCAGGACUCCAACAAGCCCCCUUGAAGAAUUAUCAAACCUCUUUACCUCAGGAAGGAGUUUGCUAAGGAAACCCUCAAGUGGAAGACGUUCUAAAGAACCUUCUGAGAAACCCUCUGAUGAAAUCAAAGUAAGAAGUCACAGUACAGAACCUUUACCAAAGUUGGAAAGCAAAGAGCGACCGGGCCACCACCACUCAUCACCAUCCUCCAGAGAGUCAUUUAAAUCUCAGGAAUGGGAUGGAACCCCGGGCUCAACACAUGUUUCCAGUAGACUUGGAAGAUCAUCUGUGAGCCCAACAAUGUUAGCAGGAAAUAACAGCUCAGAAAUGAAAAUAAGCUGCAAAUUAGGUCGAUCUGCUUCCACGUCAGGUGUGCCUCCUCCUUCAGUUACUCCCCUCAGGCUAGCCAAUGAGCAUCAACACAGCCAGGUACCACCGUUACCCAAUAGUGAAUGACGUCAUGUGAUUCAACAUGCCAAAUACUUUCCACUUCUGUGUCUGUCAUCUGUUGCCGUCAGCUCUGUAUGUCUGUCUUCGUAUGGUCCACUCUCUGUCUGCCAUUAGUCAACAAAGUCAUCUGCCGCUCUAAUCACGGAGGAGCUUUGUGUUUCUCUUUCCUAUGGUACUACCU